AGCAGCUGCGAAGGGAAAUCCGGUUGGCAGCCGUGGAGUGCACAAGUUUUGCGACUCGCGGCAGGAAAAAUGGCGUCGGACCCAAAUGCCAGGCACCGAAUGCAAACCUUCAAAAACAAAGGCAAAGAUCAAGAUGAAAUGCGACGCAGGAGAAACGAGGUGACGGUGGAGCUGAGGAAGAACAAAAGGGAAGAAACCCUGCAGAAGCGGCGAAAUGUGCCGCAGCUGGAAUCUGAUGAGGAGGAACCAAAUGCAAAUGGUCUGGCCAACCUGGAGAGCCUUGUGCAGCAGGCAGCCAGUCCGGACCCGAAUGUGCAGCUGCCGGCCGUUCAGUCGGCGCGCAAGUUGCUCUCCUCGGACCGAAAUCCACCCAUUGAUGCACUUAUCCAGUCGGGCAUCCUGCCGAUUCUCGUGCAGUGCCUCCAGACCUCGGAUAAUCCUUCCCUGCAGUUCGAGGCAGCUUGGGCCCUCACCAACAUCGCCUCGGGCACUUCCGCACAGACGCACGCGGUGGUGAGUGCGGGCGCCGUCCCGCUGUUCCUGCAGCUGCUGUGCUCGUCGCACCCGAACGUGUGCGAGCAGGCGGUGUGGGCGCUGGGCAACAUCAUCGGCGACGGGCCGCGGCUGCGCGACUUUGUGAUCAACCAGGGCGUGGUGGCGCCGCUCCUCAACUUCAUCAAGCCGGAGAUCCCGCUGUCGUUCCUGCGUAACGUCACCUGGGUGCUCGUUAAUUUGUGCCGCAACAAGGAUCCGCCGCCCCCGGUCAACACCAUCCGCGAGAUGCUACCAGCGCUCGGCAUGCUGAUCCACCACACGGACACCUCGGUGCUCGUGGACACCGUGUGGGCCCUCAGCUACCUCACCGACGGCGGCAACGAGCAGAUCCAGAUGGUCAUUGACUCGGGCGUCGUGCCUAAGCUCAUUCCGCUGCUCUCGCACAAGGAGGUCAAGGUGCAGACGGCCGCUCUCCGCGCCGUCGGCAACAUCGUCACCGGCACCGACGAACAGACUCAGGUGGUGCUGAACUGCGGAGCGUUGGGACACUUCCCCGCACUGCUGUCGCACCAGAAGGAAAAGAUAUGCAAGGAGGCAGUUUGGUUCCUCAGCAACAUAACGGCCGGCAACCAACGGCAGGUGCAGGCGGUGAUAGACGCGCAGCUCGUGCCGCUCAUCAUCUCCAACCUGAGCCGCGGCGAGUUCCAGACGCAGAAGGAGGCUGCUUGGGCUAUAUCCAACCUCACCAUCUCAGGCACCAAAGAUCAGGUGGCAGUGCUGGUGAAGGAAGGCGUGAUUCCGCCGCUGUGCGCACUGCUCAACUGCAAAGACUCGCAGGUGAUCCAGGUGGUGCUAGACGGCAUCCACAACAUGCUCAAGAUGGCCACCGAGCCAGGCGCAGUCGACGCCUUGGCCAGCAUGAUUGAGGAGUGCGGCGGGCUGGACAAGAUCGAGGCCCUGCAGAACCAUGAGAAUCCCGAGAUCUACAAACUCACCUACGAGAUCAUCGAGCAAUACUUCAAUGAUGAUACGGAAGAAGACGCAAAUUUGGCCCCGCAGACGGGCGACGCCGGCUUCCACUUUGAGGCCAACUCAAGCGUGCCGAACGAGGGCUUCAAGUUUUGAUGCAGCCUCCCUUGGCUGGCGUGAGAGGCGAGAAAGGAAGCAAGCAAGCAAGAAAGAAUUAAAAAUUCCACACUACGAGAGUCCCUGACCGACCGAGAAGAGUUUUCUGCAUCAUGUGAAUACGUGCGACGAGGCAAGCGAGAGUGGGAGAGUCUGCGAAUUCCGAGUAAAUGCUUCUCUGCUUAGUUUGAUAUAAUUAUUCUUACGAUUCUCUUGGCCCGCUGGAUUUGAUUCAACUCUUCUUAUGUUAUUUUAAUCUUCAAACAACCCAAGAAACAAACACGGAUUAAAAAUAAUUAUCGGCUUUGUAUCGCGUUAAGUGUGCGACUCUUUGAAGAAAAAAGAAAUCAAGACAAGCCUUCACAAAUAAAAUUAUUUAUUAAACUGA